CAAUCUGUCACGGACUACGCAGUGCUGUACCGCGCGGCGCACCGCCACUUCCCGAGCGACGGGCCGGCGCCAGCCAUCAUCUUCUCCCACUUCUUGGCGAGGCUCGUCCUGGAGGAGAGGACGAUGACCAACGAGACGACAGGGGAGUCGUUCGCUCACAUCGUGCCCCAGUGCUUGAUCGCGCCCGGCUACCGCUCUUACUUCGCGCGCCACCGCUGGCGCCUGCGGCCGCUCUUCGACCGGCUGCUGCUCAUUCUCAUCCAGGCGGGAAUCGCGGGCAAGCUCGACAGCAUUAAGAAUUUUUGA